AUGGAAAGACGAAGAUCAUUCGCCGCGGUGUUUCGAAUAGAAUUGAACAUUGUUUGGGAAUGCUUCCUCGUGAAAUGCAAACGUGGAGUGUUCCGUCUUUCAUUUGAUAAUUCCAUAAAGAUUCUGGGAACGAAGUUCCCAUUCGGUCGAAACGGAAUUCAUUCAACUUGUUUACGAGAAUUGACGGCUGCACUGAGCAGAGGAAAACUAUUUUGCAUUUUCUAUGAAACAAAACGAAUGCGAAGAAUAAUAAUGUUGUUUUCAGUACCGCUCGUUUUAUCGAGAGCGACUGAGAAACCUCAGCUGAUACCACCAUGUCCGACAGGCUCUCGACCGCUUCUUCGACCUGAUGGCGAACCGCGAAAAUGCCUUCCACAUCAGAACAGCCUCUGUGUGAAUGCUUUACCUGAUAGGCAUAAUGCGACGACCGUCUGCUGUUACAACAACCAGGUGGAUUACUUCUGUUGCCUCGACACUACGGCUGAAGAAUGUCCCUACUACGAGCAUGUAACAGUUGUAAUCCACAAUGGAAUGCCUCAUAAUCCGUACGGAAUGCGUGAAUUCUUCUUCCGCGAGGGCGUCGAGGAUGAUGUGGUUGACGCCGCGAUACAAGGUGCCAGCGACAAUUUCAACGAUCUAGGACUUCAACAAGAAAAUGGCUUUCUCGUUCGACAUAACAACGAGUGA